AUGGACGGCUCAUAUCCCAUCCACCCAGCCCAGGCUAUGCAAUCACCAUUCUUCUACUACAACCCGGACCCUCAGGGCGAGAACACACGCCAACACGGCCACUUCACACCCCACCCAUCCGGACAGGCUACCUUCCAAGCACAGAACAUGUACUACCAGAGGCCAACGUCGGCAUGCUCUCAGAUGUCCUACCCUCAGACUGCCUACGCCAACCAGAUGCUCACUCCCGUUGCAUCACCUCAGCCAAUGUACCAGAAGCCAACGAUCUUGAUCCAACCUCAAGACUCGCCAUACCUUCACCCCAUUGACACCGACUACUCAUUCUCGCCCGCCACACCUCCCCUUUCAUCGUGCGGUAGCAACACCAGCAGCCCUCCUUCCUCAUGCGAUGUUCUUCCUACACCGAUGCAUGACAUGUUCUCGGGUGAGGGCAUCGAGGGUGUCAAGCAAGGCUGCGAAGGCGAGGUCUUCUCUGAGCUUCUUUCUGCCGGUCUCGAAUGGCGUUCAGCUUCCCCACCCAUGACUCCAGUUUACAUCCAGCCUCCGUCGGCUAGCCAAGGCUCCUACCUUCUAUCUGCAACUUCAUGCCCCUCGCUCUCCCCAUCACCAUCACCAGUGCCCCGCGCUGCAUUCGCUGAGGCCGAGAACAACUUCUGCAACCCCCGCGAUCUCACCGUCUCUACUUCUGAGCUUCCCAUUGUCACACUCUGCCCUGGCGACGAGGAGCACAAGGUUGUCCUCAAGGGUGAGACUGCCCAGGUCGACAGCUUCGAGUCUACCCAGUCCUUCAACAUCACUGGUCUCCCCACCUUUGAGCCCUUGUUCGAGCUUGACUGCGAAGACGACUUCACCGGCCUUGUCAACUUCUCUACUGACAACACCCACUUUCUCGGUAACAAGCGCCAACGCACUGACCUUGGUGCUUUCUCUCCUGAGGAGGACUUCCUGAGCGACGAGAGCUUCACAGACUUUGAGGAGGAGCUUGUUCACGGCCUGCCCAUGACCCCUGCUACUAGCGACUUCGACAUGUCCGCCGCUUCCAAGAGGCGAACAGUCAAGAAGGCUCGUUCAGAGUUCAGCGAGACUGAGUCAGACUACCAGGGUCAAGCCGAGAACGCUGUCGGCUCCAGCUCAGACGAACACGCCACCCCUGUCGCCCCUACCAGCCGCCGCGGUCGCAAGCAGUCGCUUACCGACGACCCUUCCAAGACCUUCGUCUGCACUCUCUGCUCGCGUCGCUUCCGUCGUCAAGAACACCUUAAGCGCCACUACCGCUCUCUCCACACUCACGACAAGCCCUUUGAGUGCACUGACUGCGGCAAGAAGUUCUCCAGGAGCGACAACCUCUCUCAGCACCAGCGCACCCACGGUAGUGGUGCCGUGAGCCUUGAGGUCAUGGGCUCUGACUUCCAUCACUCGGACAUGCAGCAUGGUCAACCCGGUGCGUUUGGCGCACAGGCCCCUUCCACCAUGGGUGAGAUCCUCUACAACGCUGCCUCGGAGAUCCCUACCUCAAGCUCUGAUGGAUCCGAGAACGAGUCGUCGCCCAGCCAGAAGAAGCGCAAGAGGAACGAGUAA